CUGUCACAUACCCUUGGCGACAGCGCGCUCUUCCCAUCCACAGUCAGUGGCACUCGUCUUCAGUCUCCUCAGAAAAUCAGGUGGUACUCGCAAUCGCUCGGCGAGCUUUCCGUCCCAUUCGAAGCAAUCAGUCGAUCGCGCAGCACUACAAAUUCAGUAGCCUCCUUCCCUGGCGUAGUCAUGUCAGACACCGUGAGACAGGACUUUUAUAAUACUACCAAUGGCGCUUUCCUUUUACUCUCUUCAAUGGAGUAUCCAGCUCCCAGGUAUAAGGACCAAUGGAAAGGCUACGGAAGCCAAAGCAAAACGAUCCCUCAUCCCCCUCUGUUGAUUAUUCGGGAAGACUACCAGCUAAAAACCCAAAGACAAGAUUAUUCAGUCCGCGAAAACAUACCUUCUGGGAGCGCCGUGAUAUUACCGCCACCGUCGACGUAUAACGGUAGCCAGACCACAACGACUCCGAGUCUUCCUUUUUCCAACAGCGAGCCACAGUUCCCCCCUCCUUUUAGACUCAAACGUGUCGUCGUUCAAAAUCAAAGUGAUCCAAUUCCGGCGCGUUAUUUCUUUUUCUACGGGUUUGGUUCGCCCCUCUUUCCUUUCUCCCCGUCCCUUUUUAUCCAAUCUCGUUCUAUCCUUACUUCAGUCUGUCCUCCGCUGUGGCUUCUGGGCGUCCUCGUCCUUGUUCAUCCUCUCCGAUAUGUCCUACCCUUCCUCUUCAUCUCCGACCACAACAUAGAAACACACUCCAAGGAAAAGAAGUGGGGUAGCCUCUGUCUCAUCAUCACCAGCAUCUUGUCUGUGGUCGGGGCGGUGGUAUGUCUAUUCCUGGUCACUCGAAGGGACGCGGGUAUCAGUGGACAAUGAGUGUCUUUUGCUAACAUCGGUUAACCGGCAUCCGAGACGGCAAUUUUAUGGCGGGCCAUGAUCUGGUAAUCUCCGAAAGCCGGUG